AAGGACAAACUGUAGCCACAACAGUUGGACCAGGAGAGCACACCUUAUUAGUCAAUGUAAAUAAUAUUCACCGUGCUUCAUUACAUGGCUCAACUCAAGUUCUAAACUUUCAACCACCAGUAACUCAGAAAUCCACCACCACCUCCAUCCCCUAUAAAUAUCCUUGUUCCUGGACACUCAAGUUAGUCUCUCUCAGUAUCUCCUUUCCUCUCUUCCACUCCCACUCUCUCUCUAUAUAUAUAUAUAUCUCCCUCUCUCUAUAUCUUUCAUAAGUGCACGUGAGUGGGUGGUAUUUGUGCAUGGAUACAGAAGCGCAUGCAGAAAAAGAAUUUAUACACAGUUAAGCUCUCUCUAUAACAGUCCAAAACAAGCAAACAAGAGGAAAGAGGAAGAAGCUUAAAGAAGAUGGCAGCAGAACAGACCCAAAAGCACCCGACAUUACCAGAGGUCAAGGAGGAAUUGAAGAAAAUAAUUGACAGAGGUUUUCCUAUUCUUGCUAUGGGCUUGGCGACCUAUUUGAAAAACAUGAUUUUAGUUAUGUGCAUGGGAAGGCUGGGAAGCUUGGAGCUGGCAGGGGGUGCACUGGCCAUUGGCUUCACCAAUAUUACUGGUUACUCCGUAUUGUCUGGCCUAGCCUUGGGGAUGGAACCACUUUCUAGCCAGGCUUUUGGAUCAAGAAACUUGACUUUAGUGUCUCUUGCCCUCCAAAGGACAAUCUUUAUGUUAUUAACUGCAUCUAUACCUAUUGCUUUUUUAUGGUUUAAUUUUGAGUCUCUCAUGCUUAAGCUACACCAAGACUCACAAAUAAUACAUGUAGCAAGUGUAUUUUGCAGAUUUGCUGUCCCGGAUCUUAUUGCUAACAGCUUUCUUCACCCUUUACGCAUCUACUUACGGUGUAAAGGUACAACAUGGCCUCUAUUAUGGUGUACUUCACUUGCAACAAUGCUGCAUUUCCCUAUCACAGUUUACCUGACUUUUACUCUCUGUCUUGGUAUCCAAGGAAUUGCAAUUUCAACCUUUGUCUCCAACUUUGUCACCUUAUUCUUCCUUUUAGGCUAUAUAUUCUUUACUUAUGACCAAGACGGAUCUCCGUCAAAACCCCUUGCAGAAAAUGUAAAACUUCUUCCUUCCAUUUCUGUGGGAGAGCAAUGGAUAAUGCUUCUUCAACUUGCUAUACCUAGCUGUUUAGCAGUUUGCUUAGAGUGGUGGUGGUAUGAAUUCAUGACAGUUCUAGCCGGCUACCUUGACAGACCUGAAGUUCCACUUGCUGCAUCUGCUAUCGUAAUACAAACCACAUCCCUCAUGUACACAUUGCCAUCGGCCCUAAGUGCUUCAGUCUCAAGUAGGGUAGGGAAUGAACUUGGAGCGGGACGACCAGCUAAGGCCCGCUUGGCAACAGGGAUAGCCAUAGGGCUGGCAUUUUUGACUUCAACAUUUGGAUUCAUACUGACCACCAUAGGGAGAGAAGCAUGGGGAAGAGUCUUUACAAAAGAUAGAGAAGUUCUGGAGCUAACAGCGACCGUUCUUCCCAUUAUUGGACUUUGUGAACUUGCUAAUUGUCCACAAACAACAUGUUGUGGGGUUCUUCGGGGGAGUGCUAGGCCCGGUGUUGGUGCAGGUAUUAACUUUUACUCAUUCUAUUUGAUGGGAACACCAGUGGCCAUUAUAUUGGCCUUCGUGUGGAAGCUAGGAUUUUUGGGCCUUUGUUAUGGGCUUCUAGCAGCUCAAGUGGCAUGUGUAAUCUCAAUGUUAAUAGUCACUUAUAGUACUGAUUGGGAAGGAGCAUCCUUGAAGGCAAAACAACUAGUGGGAAGAACUAAUGAACUCCCAUAUGAAGAUCAACUGGUAAAAAUUGAGGAGGGUAAUGGAUUUCUCAAACGAUUUAGCUUCUGAAGUGGAAGGAAAUCUAAGGAUGCAAUGGAUGCAAAGGAAAAGGAAGAGAUGGCACAGACAAGAAGAAAACAAAGAACAUUACAUUCUCUCAGUAUUUCAAGUAAUAGAAUAUGCAACAAGUACCUUGGACUUUUGACGUUAAAGCAACUAGUUUUAUAUCUAACAGGAUUGUUGAUGGGAUAAUAGAAGUAUAGGCAAGCAGAAGUGUGUUUUAUAGCCCAAACGUGUAAAUGUAAGAGGCUUUUGGUUUGCAUUUUCUAGAUGUCAAUAUAUGUUAUCUUAGUAGCUAUGACAUAUACAUUUGCAUGA